AAAACGCGCCGCUCUGGUCACCAUGGCAACAGCUGGAUGCGGCGAACGGUUUCUGGGCGGAGCCGGCGCCUCGGCCUAUUGGACCCAGCUCGGCGCGGAAUCCGUGAAUUGCCCGCGGCCCAAGGGUGCAGCUCCCGGAUUGACUGGCUCUGCCCUGCCCCAUGGACGCCUCCUCUAGUCCAUGGAAUCCAACCCCGGCUCCUGUCAGCAGCCCUCCCCUGCUGCUCCCCAUCCCUGCCAUCGUCUUCAUCGCUGUGGGCAUCUAUUUGUUGCUGCUGGGUCUAGUCCUGCUGACUAGGCACUGCCUGCUGGCCCAGGGCUGCUGCGCGGAUGGUAGCUCCCCCUGCAGGAAGCAAGGUGCCUCCGGGCCCCCAGACUGCUGCUGGACCUGUGCAGAAGCCUGCGACUUUCCUCUGCCUAGCCCGGCCCACUUCCUGGAUGCCUGCUGCCCCCAGUCCACCGGAGCUGACUGGGCACCUCACUGCCCCCGCUGCUGCCCACUCUGUGACUGUGCCUGUACGUGCCAGCUCCCCGACUGCCAGAGCCUCAACUGUCUCUGCUUUGAGAUCAAGCUCGGAUGAGAACCCAGGGCCCCUGCCCUCUGGGGAGCGGCCAGCCCCCAGGGCCCAGUGUGGGCCCUCCUCCCUGAAGAGCCUUUCUCCAGGCCACUGGAACCACAAAUGGCCUGCCCAGCACCCAGGCCUGGGAACUGGAAGUGGCAGUGCGGGGCCUGGCUCCCUGCAGCGCAGGACUCUUGGCCAACUGGACGGCAGCUCCUCUGGAGGGCCAGAAGAGAGAGGGGCUACUGCUCGGGCAGGUGUCCCGGCUCCCCUUCCCCUCCCCACGUCAACGAUUCUGUUUGAAGGUGGGCAGGGGGGUGGCGCUGCUCACCACACACAAGUGUUAUAGGAGGAGCCUGGCCCUUGAGUACCGGGUACACAAGGGUGCCCGACCACCCUCCGUCCACGGACUCUCGGUUAUUUUAGGAGGCCCCUGGCCAAAGAUUUAUUUCUCUUGACAAUCAAGGGCCUCCGUCUGGAUUUCCAAAGAAGAAAUUUCCUCCGAAGCACCGGAACUUGCUACCACCAGCACCAUGCCCUACCAAUAUCCAGCGCUGACCCCGGAGCAGAA